UGUGAGUGAGAACUUUUAUAGGCCAUCCUCCUCUCUCCUUCUUUUGCUCUCUCUCACUCUUUGUGCCACUCUGCUCUUUCUUUAGUGCUAGCUCUCUUUCUCUCUCUUUAACUCUGAAAUAGAGGAAGCAGAGAAGUUAUAAUGUCUCUACCCACCGCCCCUGAAACUGAAACCUUACUUUCUCUUCCGUUUUCCUUCUUCUAAACUACUCACUUUUUUGUUUUUUUCAAUCAAGAAUUUCACUUUGCUGAAGUUCAUUUUUUGUUUUUCUCCAUACAUUUCACUCUGUGUUUCUGUUUGGCAGAACCCCAUUUGAGGGAAAAAAGCAAAAAAAAAUGGAGAAGAGGGUGUUGAAGUUAUAGUUGUGCUAAUUCACCAUUUCCUUGUUAAUUUUUAAUUGUCUUUGCUUUCUCUUAGAUCUAUUAGUUACAGAAAUUACCCUUUUCUCAUUUCAAGAUUACCCCUUUUCUUUGGUUUUUCAUUAGCUUGGAGAUAUGAGUAAAGAAGAGUUCUUGAAGAUCCAGACUUGUGUCCUUAAAGUCAAUAUACACUGUGAUGGGUGUAAGCAUAAAGUAAAGAAAAUCUUGCAAAAGAUUGAAGGGGUUUAUAAGACAAGCAUAGAUUCAGAACAAGGAAAAGUGACUGUUGCUGGAAAUGUAGACCCUGCUACACUGAUCAAGAAAUUAGCCAAGAGUGGGAAACAUGCAGAGUUAUGGGGUGCUCCCAAAGCCAGUAACAACAACCAACAAAAUCAGCUCAAUAAUCAGUUCAAGAACAUGCAAAUUGACAGUGGUAAAGGUGGCAAUAACAAGGGGCAAGCCCAAGGCCAAGGUCAGAAAGGUGGUGGAAACAAUCAGCCAAAAGGUGGACCUCAAAUGCCAAACCAGCAGCAGCAACUUCAACAGUUGAAAGGGUUCCAAGAUCUGAAGUUGCCCCCACAAUUUAAGGACCUGAAACUUCCCCCCAUGGGUGGCAAAGACCAGAACCCAAAGGCUGUCAAGUUUGCCUUGCCUGAGGAUGAUGAUUUGACUGAUGAUGAGUUUGAUGAUGAUGAUUUUGAUGACGAUGAGUUUGAUGACGAUGAGUUUGAUGAUGAAAUCGACGAUAUCCCCAUGAAUAAGAUGAAGGCGAUGAUGGGAGGUAAUGGUGGAGCUCAGAUGAAGCCGAUGAUGGGCGGUAUUGGAGGAGCUCAAAUGAAGCCCAUGAUGGGCGGUAAUGGAGGCGCUCAAAUGAAGCCCAUGAUGGGAGGUAAUGGUGGAGGUCAGAUGCCUAAUAUGAUGAUGAAUGGGCAGCACCCUCAACUCAUGAAAGGUGGAAGUGGCGGUAACAAUGGUGGGAAUGCCGGUGGAAACGGUAAAAAAAGCGGUGGUGGUGGAGGAAAUAUCCCUGUUCAGGUUAACAUGGGUGGAAAUAAUGGUGGUAAGAAAGGUGGUAAUGGGAAUAAUAAUGGAGGAAAUCAAAAUCAAGGUGGAGGAUCCGCUCAAAAGGGUGGCAAAAACAGUGGAGGGCAGCCGAAUGUUGGUGGCGGCAAUGGUGGUGGUGGUGGGGGUCAGAACAAGAAUGGAGGCGGCGGCGGAGGUGCUGGCAAUCCUAACAUGAAUGGCAAUGGUGCCAAAAAAGGGGGUGGACCAAAUGAUGGGAUGCAAGGCAUGCCAAACAGGAUGAUGGCUAUGAGUGCUGGUGGAAAUAUGGGCCAGUUAGGUAACAUGCCUAAUCCAAUGGGCCAGAUGGGUGGUCUUCCAAUGGGCCAGAUGGGUAAUCCAAUGGGCCAGAUGGGCAAUGUUCCGGCAGUCCAAGGCCUACCGGCAGGGGCGCCGAUGACUGGUGGUGGUAAUGGUGCCGGUUACUUCCAAGGUGCCGGUCCUGAAGUUAUGGCUGGCAAUCCUUACUACCAGCAGCAGCAGCAAAUGGCAGCUAUGAUGAUGCAGCAGCAGCGUGCCAAUGGGAACGAAAGGUUUCAACCAAUGAUGUACGCUCGGCCACCACCAGCAGUUAAUUACAUGCCACCACCUUACAACCCGUAUUACUACGGCCCUCCGCCACCACCAAGUGAUAACUACAGCACCUUCUUCAGUGAUGAAAAUACCAACAGCUGCAGUGUGAUGUGAGCUGCUGAUUGUGGCCUAAGAUUUGCUAAGACAAAGACAAUGGAUGGAUGGUGGCUGCAUUGAUAUAGUCUUAAAUGACUUUGCUAGUCUUAAUGCCAUAAUAUACAAAGGAGAUGAAUUUUCCCUUUGAUCCUUACCUUACUUUAGCUUUGUUUUUUUUUACUUUUUCUCUUCUUCCUUUAAUCAAGUCCCUUUUUUGAUCCUAUGAUUAGAUUAGGGUUUAUGUGAUAGAUAAGAAGUCAUUAGGAGAGGGGGAGGGGCAUGAAUGUUGUAAGGGUGAGGGAUUAGGGUUGGACUUGAUCUCUCAUGGAAGGAGAUGUUUGUAUAUGUUAUAUAUCUUUGAAGAACAAAGGAAAAAUAAAAUUGGAAGAGAAUGGGAAAAUUUUAAAAUCUAAAAAGAGGAAUAAAUAAUUAA